AUGACUAUAUUCUACGAGUACCCUCGCGCACUCGGUGAGGGAACUGAGUUGUUUGAUUUUAACCGCGUCCCGGUCACCCCGCUACAGCGACCACUCUUUUCGGAAGUGCUUCCCAGCGCUCUUAACCUCAAUAAUGUAUCCACCACUAACAGAGAUCAUGAGAGGGAAAAUGGGAGGCGGCUCUUACCCAGUCCCCCACGUCGGGUUCUUCUUCUUGGAAAUGUAAAAGACAUGUCGAUGCAGCUCAUCACAUCGAUUCUGGCAAAAGGGUGCGACGUUCGAGUGCUUCAGAGCAGCUACAGCGACGAAGCGCUACUGCUCCGCCUAAGAAAAGAAUGCGAAGAAUAUCCGGGACAUCUAUUGCUCUUUCAUUCUGAUGAAUUGUCUCAUGCGGUCCUCGACUGCGAUGCAGUUGUCGAUGUUAAGGGUUCAGAAACCCCCACGGGACGUUUGAGUUUGUUGAGGUCUGCGCAGAGUCUUUUUGAAGCCAUUCGAGCGUCACAGAGGGCGGCUCCACGUGUUAUCCUCAUGGCUCCCGUCCCCCCUGAAUAUAUUAGACGUGCAGAGACGUGGUUAUUCCUAACACGGAUUGAAUCCACGAGAGAAGCGGGAACGGAGGAGGAAGCAGAAUUAUUACGCGCAAAUGACAUGCCAUAUGCAAUAACGCAUUACAUAAACACAACUGAAGUCCCAACGGGACGGGGCGGGACGUCUUCCCCCUCCCUCUCCUCUAACAGCAUUUUGAACAUGAGAAGUGUAGCAAAGGAAUGUGUGGAACGAUUGUUUUCUUGUGGAGGAAGCGGGGGGUUUCCUCCCUUUGGAUGA